AGAGAGUUAAUGUUCAGGGACUUCAUUGAUGUUGGGGGUCAGUCAAUGCCGAUAACGAACUCACCCGGAUUUGGUGGGAACCAAGACUGCCUGGAACAUCCCGUCCUAAAUCUCCUUUUCUUAAAGUAAGGAAGCGGGAAUGACUGCGCAUGCUAUAUGUCACUCCGUUGCCCGUUUUCCUCUUGUUCCCUGCGACUCAUUAAGACUCCAUACGCCCUUUUCUCAUACAUAUAAACGUACCUGAAGACUGAACCGUCCCCUCCCACUCUCGUCGUUUGCCUACAAGAAACAUCACUCUGCUUGCCUUCCACUCUUCCUCACCAACUCCCCCUUUUCCCCCGUCUCUCUCUCUUUCUCUCCCCCCGUGUACAGAACAAUGAGUUUCAGGGAAACAUUGGCAAUAAUCUUUACUGUUGUAAUGGUAGAAAUAUGCUUCAGCCAUUGUUCUCAGGUUUAUGUUGUUUAUAUGGGCCGUAGAACAGGGAGCGAUCCAGGUGAGAUUUUGGAGAGGAAUCAUCAGGUGCUUGCCAGUGUUCAUGACGGAAGCUUGGAGAAGGCAAGAGCUGCACAUGUUUAUAGCUACAAGCAUGGGUUUAGCGGGUUUGCAGCCAAACUAACGGAAGGUCAAGCUUCCUUACUAUCAAAGAUGCCUGGGGUAGUCUCCGUCUUUCCUAACCAAAAGAGGAAGCUCCACACAACUCAUUCAUGGGAUUUUAUGGGUUUGCUGAGCGACGAAGCCAUGGAAGUCCCUGGAUUCUCCACCAGGAAUCAGGACAACGUCAUCAUUGGCUUUAUUGACACUGGUUUAUGGCCGGAAAGUCCUAGUUUUAGUGACGGUCAGAUGCCCCCUGUGCCUCCAAGAUGGAAAGGACAUUGCCAAGAAGGAGAAGCAUUCAACUCUUCAAUCUGCAAUAGGAAAGUGAUUGGGGCGAGAUAUUACUUCAGUGGCUUUGAAGCUGAAGAAGGGGCGCAUACUAUCAAACAUGAUUUAGACAAACCUCAAAACUAUAACUCUGCAAGAGAUGCUUCUGGUCAUGGUAGUCAUACGGCAUCCAUUGCUGCUGGUCGAUACGUCUGGAACAUGAAUUUUAAUGGACUGGGAGCAGGAGGGGCAAGGGGAGGUGCUCCUCUAGCUAGAAUUGCAGUUUACAAGAGCUGCUGGGACUCUGGGUGCUAUGACGCUGACUUGCUUGCUGCAUUCGAUGAUGCAAUCAAGGAUGGAGUUGACAUUGUAUCCCUCUCCCUUGGUCCCAAUUAUCCUCAGGGCGACUAUUUUCUAGAUGCCAUCUCAAUUGGAUCUUUCCAUGCCGUGACCCAUGGAAUCGCCGUUGUCACCUCAGUUGGAAAUGAAGCCGUUCAAGGCUCUGCGACAAAUAUUGCUCCUUGGAUGAUCACUGUUGCUGCUGGUGCAACAGACAGAGACUUCACAUCCAACAUCGUGCUUGGUGAUGGCAGAGUCAUUGAGGGUGAGAGCAUCUGUGUCGAAAGCAUGAAUGCACCUGCAAUGGUUAUGUCAGCAUCAGAUGCGUUUGCAGGUUACUUUACUCCUUACCAGGCCAGCUAUUGUUUAGAUAGUUCACUGAACAGUUCCAAGGUUAGUGGUAAGGUUCUGGUUUGUCGACACGCUGAUAGUUCCGCAGACUCAAAAUUAGCUAAGAGUGUUGUGGUCAAAGCAGCUGGUGGCGUUGGGAUGAUUUUGGUUGAUGAACAAGAUAAGGAUGUUGCUAUUCCUUUUGUCAUCCCUGCAGCAACUGUUGGCACCAAAGCAGGGAACAUGAUCCUUUCAUACAUUAACAACACAAGCAACCCGAAGUCGUUGAUACUUCCUCCAAAAACAGUAUUAGGGUCUAAACGAGCUCCUAGAGUUGCAGCAUUUUCUUCAAAAGGUCCUAGCAGCUUGUCCCCACAAAUACUAAAGCCCGACAUUACAGCUCCAGGCCUCAACAUUCUAGCUGCUUGGUCACCGGCCGAUAAGAAUAAGACCUUCAACAUCCUUUCUGGAACUUCCAUGGCCUGUCCCCAUGUGACAGGGAUAGCAGCCUUGGUUAAAGCAGUCCACCCAUUGUGGUCCCCUGCAGCUAUCAAGUCUGCAAUCAUGACAACUGCUACUGUCAUUGAUAAGGAUGGGAAUUUCAUAACAGUUGAUCCAGAAGGAAGAGUAGCAAAUCCAUUUGAUUAUGGGGCAGGAUUUGUAAACCCAAUGCGGGUCCUAAAUCCUGGACUUCUUUAUGAUGCUUCGGCAGCAGAUUACAGAACUUUUCUUUGCUCCCUUGGUUAUGACCAGAGAACUGUAAGGCUAGUUACAGGGGACAAUAGUUCUUGUCCUUCUCCUGGAGUGUCAUCAAAUUUCGAUCUAAAUUACCCAUCAAUUGCUAUACCAAAUUUGAAAACCAAACAUUCAGUCACUCGAACAGUCACUAAUGUUGGGAAACCUGUGAGUGUUUAUCGAGCAAUAGUUUCAGCACCACCUGGAAUUGAAGUAACUGUAGUCCCCAGGUUUCUAAAUUUUAGUAGCUGGGGCCAGAAGAUGAGAUUCACUGUCACAUUCAAAGUGGUUGCACCAACCAAUGGCUAUGUAUUUGGCUCGUUAACAUGGAGGAAGAGGCAUGUGCAGGUACACAGCCCUCUGGUGGUCAGGUACUUGUCUGGAAAGCCAGGACAUGCGACAUAAAGAUUGAAAAAACACAUUACAUAGCAGAGAUCACAUCAAGUAUUACUUGUAAGCAUUUAAGGCAAUUCUUUGCUUCUGAUAUUGUCAAAUCUGUGCUAGAAGAAAAUUGACAGUCUGAAUACUUCAAAAUUUUCGUUUGGUGUAAACCACUGACAAGGCAUUCAAUUUCGUUGUUUCAGAAAUAUAUUGCUGUAUCUUUCAUACUUUUCUAUUUUGUUUAGUUUUUUGCAGAAGGAUAAAGGCCUUGUCAUGAGUAA